GAUGGGUCCAAAGACUCCACUUACUUCUAGUUGUGAAGCGAUGGUGAUUGAAGUAAAAAUGCCCGGAGACCGCAUGCCAGGCAUUUGUACAGAUAUAACAGAAGACGCUGUUGAUAUCCGCAGUCCUAAGUAUAGAUUGCAUGUGCCUUUUCCACAUAAUGUGCACAAACAAAUGUCAAAGGCUACCUGGAAUUCUUCUACCAAUAUACUUACAAUAACUGUAUUUCUAAAACGCGAAUAUGAUGAUAUCAAUUUUUGAUAUAUAGCGAU